GACCGACCCGGCUUGUCUGUACAACCGCCUCUAAGCAACCAACGGGACCCGCGAGUUACAGCCAACACACCGAGUGCAAGUCAUCCUGACUGCGUAGUUUUUUUUUGUGCUGCCGUUGUUAUCCAGCCGCGGGUCUCGGCCAGAGUUCAGAGGAGCGGGUUUGUUGUCAAAGUGAAGGCGCGCUACGUCGCAGACACCGAUUAGCAUCCCGUUAGCUCGUGGUCGCCCCCCCCCCCCGCGAGCCCCACAUGGAUCCCCGAAACACCAACAGUGAGGCGUCGAAGAUGUUGCUGUCGCACGCCAAGACCCUGACACUGCACACCGGGAACCUGGUCAACCGGAGUCGGCUGAAGAAGAAGUGCCCUGGUUCUCCCAGCGAAGAGCUUCAAGACUGCAUUCAAGCCUCACUCAGCGAUUGGUUUUCCACGACAAAACCGCCCUCAAAGCAGGAUUUUCCAGAAACAUUGGACUGCUCCAUUCCCGAGGCCACUGACCGCAUCUCGCCUGAAGAGAGGGAUGAGCUGAGGGUUUCAGUGAAGCUGUUCCUGUGCGAGUCGGUUCAGUCCUCCAUCGGAGAUGCGGUGGAGAUGGUCUGCCAGGCGCUGGCAGUGUCCCAGCUUGACUCUGUUAUCAUAGCGCCACCGUGGCCCUUGGACGGUGAGGGCCGAAGUUUGGCUCACCUACAGCCCUCUUGGAAGGAGCUGGAGGCUCUGGUCAGAAGCCAGAAGAUCGCCGCUAUCGGCACGUCUGACCUGGACAAAGACUUGCUGGAGCAACUCUACAACUGGGCUCAGGUGAAGCCCAGCAGUAACCAGUUCAACUUGGCCUCCUGCUGUGUGAUGCCUCCGGAGCUGACGGCCUUCGCCAAGGAAUUUGACAUCCAGCUGCUCACACACAAUGAUCCCAAAGAGCUGAUGUCAGCAGCCACUUUCCAGGAGGCGUUGCGAGAGGGAUCGAAGGACCUGAACAUUGCCGACUGGAGGCUGGAGUGGGUCCUCCGCUACUCCAUUAUCGUUAAGAGCAGGGGCAUUAUUAAGGCUAAAGGCUACCUUGUCAGUGCAAGGAAAGCAAGUCCUUAGCACACCGCACGAUUGAAGACACAUGGACGAAGCCAUUUUCCUCCCUUUCCAUUGGCAUACACACAAAACAUGCAAAGUAAAAGCUCUGAAUAACGGAUGCUGCCCUUCACCACAAGUCUUGAAGCCAUUGUUUUAUCUUAAAAGUUGGAUCCGAAUUGUCUACAAUUUCUUCAUUUUAACCGAUGCAGGUGUUCAUUACCAUCUCUGUGAUAUGCAAUAUCAGCUCGUGUAUUGACAGAUUAGCCACUUAUCCCCUCAAUAGAGGCUGCUUUAAUGAUGGAAAAUGGCAGGUGCUAAACGUUGAUCCAAGGCGCGAAAGUUCCUUAACCUUUUUUUUAUUUUAAGUGCUGCUUAUCUAUUUUUUUUUUAUAUCCUGUCCUCACACCUGCUUUCUCUCCACUGUGUUUGUGUGAAUCAAGCGAUACAUUUAUUGGUCUGAAUGAAAAGUAAAACAAGAUUUUCAUUUUUUUUUUAAUUCUAAAACUUUCUGAAGAUAUCAGGAAAUUAGAAAAAUAAGUGCUUUUUAAAGUCGAACUAGGUAUGAGAUGUUUAUUUUAUGAUGCUGAUCAACUGUUGUUGAUGAAGAAAAUAACUAAAAGUAUAUAUUACUUUAUUUUACUAGGCAUAUUUUCUGACCAUGUUUAUCCACUACUGUACUCAUAAGAUUAAUGUGAGGGUUGAAGCCGGCGUUGGGCCUCUAAAUGAAUUGUUGUCCGCACUGGAAACUCUGGGCCAAAGAGAUCUUAAAAUAUGUUAACUCUGAAAAAUACUUUUCCUUCUAGGAAUCAUGGUUGUUUUUCCAAACAAGAUCCAGUAAAUCUCAUCACAACAACCUAUCUGUUUGUACUGUAAACAUAUGUAAUGUCAUAUAUCUGUAUUUCAUGAAUCAGCUUUAUUAAAAUCACAGAAGUUAUGUUUUACCGUCAACACUGAUGUAAUAUAUUUAAAAGGUGGAACGAG